CGGCGAGUGGGGCGUUUACCGGGGGAGGCGAUGUUCGUGCUGGCGCAGGCGAGAGGAAGAUCUCCAGCCUACCGGCGUACCUCGCCACGGCCGUGGAGGGCUGCCACAUCACGGGCGACAUCGUGCGGCGCUUCGCGGAGAUGGAGCUCUCGCCGCUGCUCCGUUGGCUGCUGGGCUUCAGAGGGUCCAGGGAGCGCCUCCUCACCGACGACCUCUUCAUCGCCAAGCUCGCCAUGGAGAUGGGCGUCAGCAUGAUCGCCAAGACCGCUGCCGAGUACGAGAAGAGACGGGAGAACUUCGUCAAAGAAAUUGACAUCGUCAUCGCUGAUGUGGGUGGGGUCGUCAUUCAAGGGAUGGACUUUUCCUUCAGGUUAUGGUCUUGUUUCUCUCAAGGAGAUGGUGGUAGCAAGGGGGGAGCGCAAGAUGUUGCUGAUGGAUUCAACAAUGCUUUUGGCAACGAUGAAGUUGAACUUGAUGACGGACUAGAGAAGAAAGUAUGUCAGAGAUAUGCAUGUUAGCCCUUAAGCAUAUCAGAAUACAAUCAUUCAACGCAUAAUUAGUCAGUUAUAUAUUCUACUCAUGUCCCCAACAAGGCAACAAUCGACCAGGUUACAUAUCUUCUGUACUAAAUGUAUCAUAGCUUUUGUACAUGCUGUUCCCGCAGUACUACAAUCUCUAGAUAUAGGGUUGAUAGAAAGAUUUGCUUGAAUCAGAUAAACAACAUGGAUUAAUGUUUACAUUGUUAUAUCUGGUGCUUAAUUUACUAUUAAGAAUAUAUAAUGAAGUCGUUUCUCCAUGUUGUUCCAACUGUCUUUACAAUUAUGAGGAUAUAGAAGAUUAACUCAAGUCAGGUAAACAACAUGGUUUUUAUUUUGCAGAUUUCUGUAAUGCAGCACUUUAGACGUGCAUUUGGCUAUUCUAGGCCCCCAAUAGAUGUAUAUUUCUUUGUAUUGCUUUUCAUCAAUUAUGAUUAGUAAGGGAUCCUACUAAUUUAUGAUUUCAUUAGGGAAGUGUUGCUACUUCUGUACAGUCCAUCUCUUGACAGUAUUAUGAAAAUACAAAAUAGAUUGUGUAUAUAGCAUAACAUUUCUUCAUGUAGAUCUUGAAGACUAUUACUCUGCAUAUUCUGCAUUUAGUUACAUUCUUGAUAAUAAAAGAAUCGUGGAUAAAUAUGUAAAAGUGCAGAACGUUUUCAGUUUCUUGUUUGGAUUAUGUGCCUUUAAUUGGUACACCUUUUUUGUAGCGAGAUAAAAUGGUACACUACAAAGGUCUUAAUUGAAAUGGAUAUAGUUGAGUGAUGUUUGUUUGCUUUUCACCGUAAAAAAACUCUUUGCUUUACAAGGUGUUUGGUUCUUUUGAGAUGUUGUUUUGUAUUUAGUAAGGUGUCACUUGAUAGUGUUUAUUUUGGUAAGGUGCUCUGUUUGCCUUUUAAAGUUAGUCCCCGUCAAUACUUUCUCCUUUUCGGUUUGGACCAUGUCAGCUUGAAGAGAUGUUCUUUUUAUGAUCACUACGAAUAAAAGUGUGCAGAAUGAAUUCAGUUGGCAACUAGCCAUAUCACACAUGUGUUUGCUUCAGGUUGUGCGUUUCAGUCCAUUGUAGGAAUAAUUUCAUUGAGAACUCGCAACGGCAAGUUGAAGAACAUUUUGGAGCACAAGUAGGGGUAAGUUCUAGAGUGUGGAGGAGCAACGAUGCAAGCUUGGAGAUCGCUCAUGAUUCUGAUUGUUUCCUAUUCAGAUUGAGGAACGUAUACUCGGCCCACCCUCAUUCCCAGUGAUUAGAUAGUUUGCAUUUAUAUGCAAAUUGUGUGAAUAAAUUUAUGUAUACCAAGGUAAAAAUGGGAUACUAAUAUUCAUUAUUGCACGUUUGCAAAUCCUCUUUGAGACCUUGUAU